AUGAGCACUAUCUAUCAUCCAACUCAAGUUGUUGUUCUUUUCAAAAGAAUCGUGAACGCGAUAUCAACCUUUUCAAUAUCCAACCACUACCUGCUCAAGCACGCAAAGCCGGGAAACAACCAAUCAGAAGAUGUGGAUGGAAAAGAGCAGGCAAAUUUGGAUUGGCCCUGGUGGAUAUUCAGGACGAGCUGGGGCUGGCCAUGGUUGCUAUAUGGAUCACAUCGUAGGGAAGUGCGUUGGUCCUGGCUCAGUAUAUCAAAUUCUUCUGGCCAAAUAUUGUCAGCCACAGAGGAUCUAUACCCACCUCCUACACACUCUCCCCGGUCAUCAUCGUCUCAGUCGCGAAAAAAUCCUACCAAAUCGCGUCAAGACCCUGCAAAUGAGGAGACUAAGGAAUUGGACACGAUGCAUCAACUAUUGCAAAAUCCUGCCUUGUAUGACCCUCUUCGAGUGCCUCGGAAUCCCAUAGUAUUGUGCCACGGGUUGUACGGAUUUGACACAAGAGGUCCCUCAUCUUUCCCUAGCUUACAAUUCCACUAUUGGUCCAAUGUCCUAAAUAUUCUUCGGGACAAGAUAAAGGCUGAUGUGAUAGUAACCGCUGUUCCUGGCACUGGCUCUAUCACCACCCGCGCUGAAAGCCUGGACCGUCAACUACAUUCCCGAGCUCCAGGUCGUGGCCUCAAUUUCCUCGCACAUUCGAUGGGUGGCUUAGAUUGCCGGGACUUGAUAUCUCGCGUCAAACCGACCAAGUACACACCUCUCUCUCUAACCACGGUUAGCACGCCCCACCGCGGCAGUCCGUUCAUGGAUUGGUGCUCUGAUAACCUCGGUCUUGGAAGACUUGCGCGAGAAGAGCAAAAACUUCUCGCCAGAGCUUCCCACUCUCAUGCGAACGACGCAACUACGGGAUCCUCUUCCCCGAAACCCCAGACUCGUUCCACAUUAUCUCUUUCCUCUCUCCCGUCAUCCUUUACCACCCUCCUUCUAUCGAUUUUAGAUUCACCGGCUUACGCAAACUUGACCUCCGCCCAUCUUAAUAAUGUAUUCAACCCCUCCACCCCAGAUGAUCCGCGCGUUAAAUACUUCAGCGUCACCGGUCGGAUGCCUGGAGUCAAUAUUUGGCACCCGCUAUGGCUUCCGAAAUUGGUUGUGGAUGAUUUUGAGCAUAGGGAGCGUCAGCGCCUCCGGGAAUCCUGGGUUUCAGAUAACGGCGAAUACUCUGAAGCCGAUUCGCAGUACAAACCUUUAUGGGCCCGAGAUGAAGAGUGGGGGAAUGACUGUCUGGUUACGGUACAAAGUUCCAAAUGGGGCGAAUUUUUAGGCGUGAUGGAUGGAUGUGACCAUUGGGAGAUUCGAGGAGCUCGGGGAUUAGAAUUAGGCGUCGAUCUUCCCGCCAUACCGGCUAUAAGCCUGGGGUCGUCUAUGGGGGGAGGCGACAGUGCUAAGGACGGAGAGCAGGACGGAUGGAGCCUGAAAGAUAUCGGGUGGUUCCUCAAAGCUUGGCGGAAGGAUGAAAAGGUACAACAGGAGGCAAUCGCGAGACUCCCUCAGAGCUCUGGAACGCGACAGAAAGAAAGGGAACGUGAAAGAGAAAAAGAAAGAGAAAAGGACGACGCGGUAGUCAAAGCUUCCACUGAUAAGCUCUCGGCUGUUUUUGACUGGGUAACGGAACGAGUGCCCUCGCCGCCGCUCUUGGGUACUAAGAACAUAUCUGCGAUAUCCGAGUCAGAGCCAAAAUCCAUAUACAAUACGAUUUCCACAAGGGAUAACCGCAAGAAAAAUGAGCUGGAAAGCAAGGAGGAUCUCGAAAGAUUUUAUGUUGCGUUAUCAAGGAAAUUGUACGAUGAAGGUCUAUGA